AAUGACUUUGAGGAAAUGCUUUAACAAAAUGGCUACGAAGAGAUUAAGAUGAAUAUGUUGAAAAGGUGUUUGCUAAUAUAUGCCGAUGAUAUUGUUCUAUUUUCUCAAACACCGGUGGGUUUGCAAAUAGGUUCUGAUAUUUUCUUUAGGGUUGUUAUACAUGGAAAAUGAAAGUAAAGGUAGAAAAACAAAGGUUAUGAUUGUAAGGAAAUCAGAAUUACUUCCGAAAAAAUAUUUAUACACGGAAACAAUAAAUAAAGGGGAUUGGAGACUUUUCCAAGACUGAUAAACUUCUAUAAAAUCUACUGUAUAAGGAGGCAAAAUACAAGGGCAGGACCCUCAGAGGAUGCCGCCGACCGAACAUGAAGUAUUAUCGGGGGCCUAUUUAGGAGGACCUUACCAAAAAGAUAUAAGUUCACAAAAAACUUCAUUGCAUCUAGUGCUUUAAAAUGGCGAUGGCUAUGGAUCAAGAUAAGGAUGACAUUGUUCGCAGAGUGAUAAGACUUCUGGCGUCACAACCGAACAAUGUGAUAGAAUUUGCAGAUUUGCAUGCUAACUUCAAGUCGCUCAUGGAGGAAAGACAAUUUGAACUUUUCCUUAGAAACUAUGCCGAUCAGCUUGAGUUGUUUGAAGAUGGACCAUUAUUUGUCCGUCUUGCUAUCAAAGUUAAGGUAUGUAAAAUGCAUUGUUCAAACCAGACCUGUCCGGGAAACAUCUCAGUAUGCAAAGGCUUACAUAUUUGUAAGAGGUAUAUUUUAUAUGGAAACUGCAUACACAAUCCUUGUAUUGUUGGGCAUGACUUAACAACUUCCCAUAACAUGGAAGUUCUGAGUCAACUCUUACUGGAUCAGUUACCAGUGCCUCUUGUUGAAGAUCUCCUUAAACGUCCUAACAAGAGAAAGCCAACCCAAAAACGUGAGAUUUACAACAGGGCUGGUGGAUGCAGAAAUGAUGAAGCCGGAAAACCAUGCCCAAUUCUGCAUCGAUCUAAAUCCGGGAAUUACUCCGGAAGAGAUGGACUUAUUCCUGAACCGAUGCUCGGAAGAAACGCUGCCACAGAGAUAUGUGAGUCUUACAACAAGAAUGGGGGAUGCAGAAAAGAUAAAGCCGGAAAACCAUGCCCAUAUCUGCAUCUAUGUAAAAACAACAUAACACGGGAAUGUAUGACAGAAAACUGCCAAAGAAGCCAUUUCAUUCAUGAGAGUACAGUAAGGAAUGUCUUAGAGAAGCAUGGCAUCAGUAUGGGAAGAAUACCAAAGGAGAAUUUAGCAGUAUUCAGAAAAAUAAUGCAGGCUAAUGACGGAAAUUACUCCGGAAGAGCUGGACCUAUUCCUGAACCGAUGUUUGAAAGAAACGCUGCCACAGAGAUAUGUGAGUCUUACAACAAGAAUGGGGGAUGCAGAAAAGAUAAAGCCGGAAAACCAUGCCCAUAUCUGCAUCUAUGUAAAGACUACAUAAUACGGGAAUGUAAAAGAAAGAACUGCCAAAGAAGCCAUUUCAUCCACGAGAGUAUGGUAAGAAAUGUUUUAGAGAAGCACGACAUCAGUAUGGGAAGAAUACCUAAGGAGAAUUUAGCAGUAUUCAGAACAAUAAUGCAGGCAAAUGACGGGAAUUACUCCGGAAGAGAUGGACCUAUUCCUGAACCGAUGUUUGAAAGAGGUAGGCCACCUCAAGGGAAACUGAUAAAACCGAUGUCAGGCAUGACUAUACAGGACAGUGGAGUUGAGCCCACUUCAAGAAGACCCCCUUUGGCUCAUGCACAAGGCGGAGCAGAAGCAGUCAUGCCAGGCAAACGAACCACAAGGUCCACGAGGCCAGCUAGAGCCAUGCGAUCCCAAAACCAAGGGGUGCCAUUCAAUAUCAGGCGGGCUAGCCCAAGUCCUGUUGGCAGAGUGAGGCAGGCAACAUCAGAUAUGGUAUCAGAAACUGCGGCAAACAACAUCCUUAACAAGAAGAUAUGCAUUUACCACUUGAAGAGUCGAUGCGCGUACUUUGAAAGGUGUUUUAAUUACCACUGUGAACUACUGUACCAGUGGUUCUACCGGUUUGAUGACAGUGCUAACUGGGAAACAGUCGAACCCCAGGAAAACAUGCGUAUGGAACUGCACUACAGCGAUCCAGCCAAAGUUGAAUACAGUUUGUUUAUUGGAGCUAUGUUGGUGCAACUGAAGUUCAAGACCAUGAAAGCAGAGGGUGGAGGCAAGCAACUGACAUUCCAUCGGGUGUCAACAGAGACGUCGGCAAUUUUGGAUUCGCACCCCCUUGCAACAAGCUGGCAGUGGUUUUGGAUGGCAGAGAAUGGGGAUUGGAAUAAAUAUGGUGAUGAUGCAGAUGGAUACCGUUCAACAAUCUCGAGCCAGGACCUAGAACAAGCUUACAUCUCAAACCCCGAUGGCCAGCUUAAGUUUAGUACUCAAGGGCAUGAGUAUGUUCUAGACUUUGCAAAUAUGGUGCAGCGUAACCUUGUCUUCAAGACCGAGCGAGAAGUAUCAAGACGACCAAAGUUCGUAUCAAAAGAUGAGUUAGAAAGUCGCAAGAAACAACCAAUAAUACAGAAACCUGCAAGAUCUGCAACAUCAGGGUUUGUCCCUGUCGCUCCGCAACACUGGAAUCUGAGACCAACCGAUGAACUGUUGAACCAUUGUAAGCUCGUUCCACUUGAUGAGCGGAAUCCCAGUAUGAACACUGAGUACAAUAAGAUUAAAAGCAUGUUUUUUGAGACCAUGGAUAGAAAGACGGACACUAUUGUGUCGAUCUCCAGGGUGGAAAAUGGUGACCUUUGGUAUAACUAUCUUAGUAAAAAAGAUAAACUGAAAAAGAGGAACAAGGGCGUAGAUGUGGAGGAGAGACAACUCUUCCAUGGCACCAGUAAUGACACCGUGGAGGCCAUCUACAGACAAGGUUUUGACUUCAGGCUGAGUGGAACUGCUUCAGGUACAGCUUAUGGAAAAGGCAGCUACUUUGCAACCACUGCCAAAUACUCAAACUGCUACACAGACAGACAGAAGGAAACCAUGGGGAUGUUUAUUGCUAAGGUGCUAGUGGGAGAUUACACAAAGGGAGAUAAAUCAUACACCAGACCCCCACAGAAAGACCCCCAUGAUCUGUCGAGUCCUUUGUACGACUCUUGCGUUGAUAGUGUUACAGAUCCAAAGAUUUUUGUUAUCUUUGAACUCGGUCAGGUGUACCCAGAAUACUUGAUAAAAUACAAGUCUGAUUUCUCCCCGUAGUUUUUGUGCUAUACUUCAAGAUGAAAAAUAUGAUUUCAUCGAUUCCAAAGCAUCUUUCGAAUUUAACCUAAGGAAUGAAAAUAUCACUUUUAAGCACCAUUUUUUGAAAAUCCAUUGUAGUACCUUUCCCGAGAGCAAAACUAACACAUCACUUUAAAACCAGAAAUUGUUGCCAAUAAUUUGAUAUUGAUGAAAGGUUGAUUAAAUUUAAAUAACGUUUUUUUUUUGGAACAAAUGACAUUAUAUUAGAAAUAUUGUAAUCCUAUUCUUCAAACGUUUUAUUGAACUUUAAAGGAAUGUUCGAACCUUUGCUUUCGUACAAAACAAAUUACAGACGAAAUCAACUGCUCGAACAUUUUUUAUGUUAUAAAAAUAUAUUAUCUAUCACAUGUAUUCAAAAAGUUUGACUUUGUAAUACGAAUUUCCCUUAAGAUUAACACAAUAUUCACUGAUUUUUUUUAUCCCCCCACGCCUCAAAUUUUUUCACCAACCUGGCGUGGUCUUCACUCUUUAUCAGUAAAACGACCCGUCUUCGAGCAAAUUAGACUAGUAUCUGACAGUGAAUAAUGAAUGAAUACUCAUGUAUCAUGUAACAAACUCUAAAACUAUGAAAAAUGUUUUAAAUCCAAUGAUAAUCCGCAUUUUUUUUUUGCUAACACGUUUGUACUUUCAAAUUUUCAUUCAAUAAAUGGCGGCGUAGUAAUUUGGUCUUGUAUUCAUGCCCAGUUUAAUUUAAAAGAACAAUCGUGCAUUAACUGUUAUAUUUUGGAACAUUGUUGCAUUAGUAAAACUUCAUUUUUAAUGUUCAUUAACAAUUUAAAUUAAAACAAAAACCCGACUCAACAAUAAACUAUAAAAAACACUUUUACGGAACGAUUUAUCCACGAACCGAAAAUAAAAAAUGACAGUUAUCAACUGUUGACUUUGAUUGAGGGGCGUCCCAUGGGUAGCGGCGUAACCAACUCUCUUUUCAAGGGGGGGGGGGGGGGUAUACAGAAAAAUUCCGAAAAUAACCAUAAAAAAAAUAGACCAUUGUGUUGAUUUCAGUGUAAGAUCGUAUUUAAUUUCACUCGUGAUCAUGGCAAAACAAUAUUUUCUAUGACACUCGUGAUAUAAAAUACGAUCGUACACUGAAAUCAACAUAUAUCCUCUAUGUAUAUCAUUUAUAUAGUCAAAUGGUAAUAUAUAUGAGUGUAUCAAACCUCAUCAUGUUUGACUUCAUAUUGAUUCUUUAGCAGUCGGUGUAAUUAAUGAUAAUUUUAAUAUUAAAACAUUGGGUGAUUGUUGUCAAUAAUUAUGGUUUUGUUGUUCCUAAUAGCUAAUUUCUUGGUCCCAUCCAGUAGUCACACUGUCCGUUCGUCCGUGUCUACGCCCGUUUCACUUGAAUUAAGAUGUGAUUAACCUAUUUGGACCAAACUUCAUAUAAAUGUCCAGCAGUAUGGGAUGGUGCUUCUCACAUGACACUUAUUCUCUCGCCUCAAUGGUCAAUGUUAUACUUUGAUGUCAACUGGCUAUCACUCUGACUAGACCUGAUCGGUGGCAUUUAUCACAUUCCUGUGAUAGCUUUUUUAUCCAAUUGCUUAUGUUUAAAUACAUUUUUGCUCAAUAAAAUGAUUAAGUUUAAUAGCAUGAAAUGUGCUUAAGUAAUUAUUGAUUUAAACACUCACAAAGAAAGACAUAUUGAACGUAAUUAAUAAGUUUUAUUAAGAGUUAACACAUGCUUUGAUAGGUAAACAUUUUUUCUGGAAGAAUUUGUUGCUAGGCAACCAAAGAUUUUUUUUCAAAACCAAGCAAAUAUUCCACAUCCAUUUCCAAGAAAAAAACACGCAUUUACAAUAUGGAUGGAAUACGUUUACCAUCAUUUAAAUAUAUAAACAGGGUAUACAAGCUGAAAUGUUUAAAAAAUCUCCAACUACAGUGAAACGUUAGGGAAAACAAAGAAUUGUUAGAUUGGCUUAUUAACCAAAUUUAGAAGAAGAAUCCUGUUUUUAAAAGUAACAUUUAUUGAUAAUAUGAUAAAUGUAAUUUAACAACUCAUUUACGUACUUGAGUCAUACAGCUUUUAAGUUAAUAACUAAGAAGUGAACAUAAGUUUCUAAGGGACAUAGCAUUUUAUAAGUGUGUUGCUAAGCAACCAUGAAAUAUGUAAAAGUUUCCCUUAUUCAAUAUGCAAAAAUAAAAAAAAACUAUAUGCCAUACUCGGUUUAAAAAGGAUAGGAUCAGUAAUACUUAUUUUACAAUGUUAAAAAGUAAAAUACGUAAAAAGUAGAUAAAAAAAUCUAAUUAUACUCAUUUACAUAAAGGUAGGAAAAUAAUUAAUUAAUAUAUUGAGUCAAAUCUGCUCAGAUGUGAAAACUGUUAAUUUUUAAUCAAUGCAUUGAUCAUAAUGACAGAUCAUUUGAUUUUAAAAUUAAUCAAUCAUUCAUAUCAGUUGUCAUCAGCUAGAAAUUGAAAUUAAGCAUAAUAUAAACUCUUAAUUUUGAGUUUACAAUCACUUUUAAAUAGUUUAUCCUUUUUAUUUGAAAGACAUUACUUUCAUUACAAAAAAGGAAGAAAUUAAAUGUAUAUAGUGAACUGAAAUAUACAAAAAUAUUACAUGUAUAUUCAAUAAAAUUUAUGUUCUGAAUAAAAAUGACAUGUAUGGUCAAGCAGGGCAAAUAAAACUGAAUUUGAUAGUUGUUGAGUAAUGCGUGUAUCAUGUAAACAAUAGACAAUAGACGAGUGUUUGACGCUUCUCUUUGAUAUUGUUAUUGUGUUUGUGAAGCGUAGCUUUAGAUAGCAUGAUAUAUAUUUUACUCUUAUGAAAUAUUAUUUCAUGUGUCAUGUAGUUAUAAGCACUCUUAGCAGUUUUUUUUUGGUUGUAAUUAAAUUACAAACGGCAUGUGUUACACGAAAUGUGUUGAUGUUAAGGGCUUUCCACAGUGACAAAGUGGGUGGGGAAGGCCAAAAGUAAAUAUCCUUUCAAGAGUUCUUGUUUUGUUUAGUUUUGAGGAACUUACCAUUAUUAUGGCUUAACUAAUUUAAACUGUUUUAAAGAGAAAAAAACAUGCAUCCUUAACAACAUAUUUAGUGUGAUAUGGAGUUGAGCAAUAUUAACAAAAUAAUUUUUUAUCUGAUUUUGAUAUACAAUAUAAUUAUAUGUUUUUGUCGAAAUGCUUCAAACUCCCCAGUCAACAAUAUAUUAUGAUUUCCUAAUAAUAUUUUCAAAAAAAGAAGAAAUAUAUUAAAAACAUAGUGAAUUCAAUUCAUUUCCUGGUUAUACAAAUGCGAAUAUAUUUCUUAAACUGGACGAAAACACGGUGGAAGGCCUUUCAGCAACAACUAUUGUUUGCUGAGUGUUUGAUGUAAGUACCAAUGUGUGUUAUAUAUUAUUAAAUAUGUCACAUUGUUGUUUCAUGUGCAUAGUUUUAGGCUGAAAUCUCAUGAACUGUUAUACUUAUAUCUAGUUUUAUAACGUAUAGCUAAUAUUUAGCUCACCUGAGCAUGAAGUGCCUAGGAUGAGCUAUUGUGAUCGUCAUAUAUCCGCCGACCUUCGUCUAGCAUCGUCUCUGAAACUCCAUGGCCUAAACCCGUGUUGAUUGGAAUGCAGCCUCACGUUAUGGUCCUUUUCCACGAUUGUUCAAAUUAUGAACGUGGGGUCAAAAGUUUCACCGCUUGGGCAACAGUAUUCUAUAUACUUAUAUAGUAAUAUCAUCUCCUAAACCGCAAAGCAUAGACCGCAUUGAUGCCGUAUGUAGUGGUGCUUUACCAAGAUUGUUCAACUUCUGUCCCUGUGGUAAAAAAUAGCCCCGCUCCGACGGUCACAAGUUUUAUGGGGGUCCCAGGUUUUAAUAUACGUUUAAAGUAAAAACAUUUAAAUUAUUUUCUGAAACCGCAUGGCCUAGACUUUUGGUAUUUGGUAUGCUGAUGUAAUGGUUCUUUACCAAUAUUGUUCAAAUCAUGUUCCUGGGGUGAAACAUGGUUGAGUCAAUUUGGAGUUGAAAUCAUACUCGAGAGUUACAAGAUUUCAAUUUAAUUCAGAUUGUGAACCAUACCUGCACUAAUGUUUGAUUUACAAAACUAUUUUCAAGAACUUGUAACAGUUUGUGCAUACUAACAGUUUUAUAUUAACAUGUGAGCAGUGAAUAUAUUAUUAUCUCACAAAAUAUACCUUAAAUUUUGCAUACAUGUAUAGCAACAGUCGGCUACCAUUGUCAUUAGAUCCGUUGUCCCUGGAGCAACAACCUGUCAAUAGCUGAACUAUUGUAUGCAUUAUUGUGAUUGCUUCAAUGUUGAUUUGUGACAAGUGUUAUAUCAUAUCGUUUUGAAAUUGCUCUCCUCAUAUGUUAAAUGCGUGUUUUGCUUAUCAAAUUUCUCUCGUUUUAAAGACAUGAGCAUGAUUCAUCUGUUUAAAAGAGGAGAUGCAAAUUAUUACAAAAUCGAUAAAAUCGUUUAGCAACAAAUGACAUGAAAUAAAAGGCUGUAUCAUCUAAAAAAGUAGCCUGUAUUGGGUAAGGUCACUAUUUUACGUCAUUUUGCUUGAUUAUCUUUCAAGAGUUACUUGCCCUUUAGAACAGAGUUAUUUUUAAACUACCAUGUUUGUACACUAAGAAAACGCUGCAAAAUCAUCGUAGAAAGCGACAGCGAAUAACUUUUAAAUCCGUGCACACAGUAAAACUUGACAGACCGAUGUAGGUCACAUAAACCGCGUAAAUGCAUGUACUCUGAGUGUGACGUCAUCAAAUUGUGUACUUAUUGGGGGGGGGGGUUGGUUAAAAUCGUUCGUUAUUCAUGCUGUUGAAUAUUUUACUACACAUUUUUAUAGUUGUGACUUGGUAAGCGCUUUAUCAGAAUUAAAACUUGAUAACUGCUAGCUACUUUUGUCAUUUUAAUUUGGAACUAUUUAUAUGGCGCAUCGUUGGCAUUCUACUCUGAGUACUUUGGCUGUCAAACAAUCGGUUCAGAAAGUGGAACUCAAUUGGUAAUAAAAACACCGUUUUAAGCAUGUGAUAAAAAAGAUCUGACAUUCGUUGUCAUUUUAUACACGAAUUUAAUUAAACUCGUCCAUAAAAGUUGUUAUUAAGCUCGCCAGAUGCUCGCUUACUAACAAAUUUCAUAAACUCGUUUAAUAAAAUCUUGUAUUAAAUGUCAACUCAAGUCAGAUCCUAUAUUUCUAUGUUGUGUACACCUACUAAUGCUUUUGUAGUGAAAGGUUGUGGGGUUUUAUGUGUGUGUAUUAUUUACCAUAAUUAUGGCUUAACUAAUUUAAAUUUUGAUGUGAUUGUUUCAUUGUUGAUUUUGUGACUUGUAUUAUUUCAUCUAUAGCAAUCUAAAAUAGUUCUACACGUAUAUUCCAUGUGUGUUUGCCUAUCAAAAUUUCUCCCAGUUGAAAAAACAUGAGCAUGAUUCAUCUGUUUAAAAAAGUAGAUACAAAUUAUUAUAAAAUCGAUAAAGUCGUUAAACAAAAAAAAAUACGUGAAAUAAAAGGCUGUAUCAUCUAAAGUAGUAGCCUGUAUUGGGUAAAGUCACGUUUUAACGUCAUUUUGCUUCAAGAGUUACUUUCCCUUUCGAACAUACUUAUUUUUUAAACUAAGUGAAUGACCUGUUUUGCCAGUAACUGAUAUAGCACAGUUGUCAAAGUACCGAGCUAUGAACCUGAAGGAAACUGGUUCGAAACCAUGUAGCUCUAAAGCUCUUUUUCUGUUGUUGUUGUUGGUGUAAAGUGUGAGUUGUUUGUUUAUAGUGUUGGAGGUGUUUGGGGUGUUUGCUGGUAACAAAUAUCAAAACUACAGGUUUCGAUAAUAUAAAAUACUUAAAAAAUGUUCAUUUAAUUUUAAGAUUACUCUUAGAUAUUGAUUUUUUAAAACGUUUGGUUUUUAUUUUAUCGCGAAACAUUCUUCAUUUCACUUAAUUCAAAACUGCAUCCUUUGAGUCUGUGUCUGUCUCAGACCGAUUACUUGUGUCGGAAUAAGACUUCAGACUGCCAAUAAAGGAAUGUUCAAACUAUGACCAAACUUAGGAGCUCUAAAGAACAGGUUUGGUCUGCUACACCCAAACGAUUUGCGGACCCAAUUGCUUAAGUUCGUUAUAGAUCUUCACGGGUGUCUUUGUCUUGUAACAUAAAUCUUUCAGUGUUAAAAAAACCCAUAAAAAGCAAAGUUAAUCUAAAAUAUAUACACACUGGACUUGAAAUCAUAACUAUAGAUAUUGGCGAUUAUAAGUUCGAUGCUCUAUCGCCGUGGCCAUCCUGGCUUUAGUAAUUAACGGAGUUGAUUACCUAAAGUACGGAUACAUCCAAUAAUGUUUUAUUUAAAAGGUACAUUCACGACUUAUUGCGUUAAAUGGGGACUAUAUCUAUUUACUUUUUAUCUUAUACAAUGGGAUGACAAAUUAGUAGUUGUAGAAGUGGUCAGUUUUGAAAAUUGAAUUGUUUCUUAGUUAAAGCAUCGUAAGUGAUCAACCACUAUACUCGCCAUAAGGAACUUGUUUUAAACGUGUUUUGUAUUUGUUGAUGCACUGAAAGCAAGGUUAUGCACUGUAUUUACUCGUUAGCCAUUAGAUGCCAUACGUUUAUCUAUGUUAGCACUUAUUGCUUAUUAAUGCUUUUGAAGUGAAAAUAAAAUAUAACACAGUUGA